AUCCCUAAUUCAGUGUUACUAAUACUAUCGGUUUGUUGACUGUUGUUGCCGGUAGUAGUGGACAUCGUAAUAAAUUAAACAUGAAUAUAUCUACUCGUUUUCUGAAUUUGCUUCCGCGAAAUGCUUUUUCAUCGUCUCUGUGUAAUCUGAAUACUUUACAGCCUAUAAUCCGUUCACCAAUUUGUUUUUCACAGGUUCUCUGGGAAGAUAAAUGGCUUUCACCUCAUCACAGAAGCUUCCAUUUAAAUGCAUUAAAUGCUGCUGCCAGGAAAGGUACUCGUGCCAGAAGAGAAGCCAUCAAAAAGGCCAACAAGAAGAAAAAAAUUGAACAAGAAGUUAAAACUGGUUGGAUACCAUUUUCUGAAAGAAAGAAGUUAAAUGCUGCAUCUACGGAACCUCCUAAUUACACGUGGAGGAAUUGGCCACCGGCUGAUGAUGUCUACGUGGCAAGAUACUUCAGGUGGCCUGAGCAUUCAGUGUCAGAAGCUGUUACUAAGCUGCGUGAGAUUCACCAGCCAACUAUCUACAACUACCCUGAUGCUCCUGUCUUCCUCACUAUGGACGUCUCACUCGCCACUGACAAAGCGAAACGUUUCUUGACGGAUGUGAGUGGCGUAGUGCUGCUACCUCAUGCCUACGACGCGGGCCAGAGCCGCAGCGUUGCGGUGCUCACAGAUGACCAUGAGACUCGUACCAAGGCGCAGGAGAUGGGCGUCCAGCUCGUCUGUGGCAAGGAGAUCGUCAAGCUUGUGCUGGGUGGAGAAGUAGACCUGCUGGCGUACGAUUACAUCGUUUCCAGCCUAGACAUCCUUCCUGAACUCGUUCCUAUCAGGGGGAUACUGAAGAAAAAGUUCCCAAACCCUUCUAAUGGCACCUCUGUGGUGAACGUCGCCGACACCGCAUUUCGGUUUCUCACAGGCGUUCAGUACGAGUGCGCCGUGGAUACCGUACUAAAAGCCUAUGGAUCUAUUACCGUAGCUUUUGGCGCGCUGUCGAUGGAAGACGAACAUCUGACGGCGAACGCGCAGGCUUUACUGACUGACAUCGAGAGCCAUCGCAUCGGCCGCAAGUCUGCGGACCUCAUCACCAGGGUGUACGUUAAAUGCAACACAACCAGCGAACGACUGGUGCUGGAUCAUAAAGCCUACAUUCCCAAAGACCUCGGCUACGCGCCCGCCAAGAAGACGAAGCAGCAAGAAACAACUGAGGAACCGCAACAAGAAGCGGUCGCGAAUUAGAUUGUUUUGAGUACUGAAAGAUCACAACCGUAUUCUGGGAAGAUAUUUUUUUAACGAAUAAAGCGUGAAAGAAUUUCGUGAGAUCACUUCCGUAUUCUGGAAAGAUAUUUGUUUAACGAAUAAAGCGUGAAAGAAUUUCGUAAUUUUCAGGUAUUAUUAGGGGCUUCAGAAGUUUGUUGUAAAGUAUGAAGCGGGGGUCGGCGUCCUUGAGGUGCGGAAAUUGCUGAAGGCUUUUAUGUUAUUGAAUCGUUGCUUUCGAUUGUAUCUCGUGCAUAAUUGGUGUUGUUAAAACUUGCAAAAUCCAUGCCAGUUGAAGGAAUAGUUACAAAAUAACCCAUUGAAGAUUGAAUUGAGGCUUUAAUGCUAAAUGUGUUGAUGUUUCAUGCAAGGCAAGUUAUCAACCGAUGGCCGCGAUUAUUUAGCAUGUCGAUGUCGAACAAGAUAAUAUUACAUCACUCUACGAUUUCUGAAGACAUGGCAUAUUUUCUAAAUUGUUUUUCAGUUCAUUUUCAUAAAAUUGUCAACUUUUUUCAAGUAAAGGUGUUCGCCGUCAACUCAGUUUUUUUUCUGUGCGUUAAACGCUGGUCGUGCGUUGCAAGAUUCACGCACGAGCGUAGAGUUGUUCUUCUGUAAAUAUUAACACUAAAUAAUGUUCGAU